AUGCACACAAGAAGUCACGACGUGAAAGACACAUCCUCCACUCAAUCCCCAGAAGUCAGAGACAUGAAACAUGGUUACAUUGCUGGAGACUCCUCUGAAACUCUUCCAGGUGGUAGAGAGAGAGGUCCUCGUGAACACUUUGAAGAAAUUUGCCAAGACGAUAAUUAUGAAGUGGCAAGUCAUCACAUGAACGUGAGAGGAGAUUAUACAGUUGUAUUCAAACACAAAUUUGGAGGAAAGGACCAAACAUUCCCUAAUAUCUCUAAAGAGAAAAUUGAGAGUUGUCCAUCAAGAAUUAAGAAUAGAAUUCUUAAAUAG